UGUAUUCACGUUGUUUUUCUGGUCUCGCGUGCUUAUCAUUGUCAGUCAGGUCAGAUUUAUUUUUGCGCGUGCGUACUAGAUUGAACUGUGCACAAUAGACUUGUUGGUACUUAGUUAAAAAAUAAUACAUUAUGUAUUGCCGGUGGUGGUAGUUUCAUGACAAGUGCAAAUCAUACGGCUUGCACAAUAUAGCCUUAGCUUAGUAUUCGUUUGAAUUACUGUCGCCUGUGUUUAACAGCAGCAUUGUGAAAUGUAUGUUCUGGGCACUGUGGUUGCAUCCUUGGUUUGUUUUCUGCUUUUGAAAUGGACAAAGAAGAGACGAUUCUGCCUCGAUACAAAAAGACUACAUGGCAAGACAGUACUUAUCACAGGAGGACAUUGUGGGAUUGGGAAGGAGACCGCGAUCGGUCUGGCUGUGAGAGGAGCCCGGGUGAUUAUUGCCUGUCGAGACGCUGGGAAAGCCGAAGAGGCUGUGAGGGAGAUUAGGAGAGCGAGCUGCAGCAUGAACGUGCAGCACAUGGAGCUGGACCUGGCGAACCUGCAGUCCAUCCGAGACUUCAGUGAGGCACUGCUGAAGAGAGAGAAGCGGCUGGAUGUGUUGAUCAAUAACGCUGGAAUGCCAUGUGUCCUGGACUGGACAGACGAUGGCUUCAGCAUGUGUUUUGGCUUCAACCACCUGGGUCACUUUCUGCUCACCAAUCUCCUGUUGGGCCGCUUGAAGGAGUCGGCCCCGAGCCGUGUCAUCAGCCUCACCUCCUCUAUGUACAAGUACCAGAAACUGGACUUCCAGGACCUGAACUACAACAUCGUGCCUUUCUUCACCUACUGCCGCAGCAAGCUGGCCAACAUCUACUUCACUCAGGAACUGGCCAGGAUGAUGGAAGGGAAAGGAGUGACUGCAUAUUCUGUACACCCAGGGUUUGUUCACAGUAACUGGACGUCCCACUUCUCCACAGUGUUCCGCAUGCUCCUCUGGUUGGUCAUGGUCUUGUUUUCCGUGCCCUGUGAAGCUGCUGCUCAGACUGUCAUUCAUUGUGCUGUAGCAGAUGAAGUCCUACAGCACAACGGAAAGUUUUUUUUCGACUGCCAGCCCGCCAAACUCCACCCCUUCGCGGAGGAUGAGGGGGCUGCUAAAAAACUGUGGGAAGCAAGUGAGAGGAUGGUAAACCUCACCUGACAGAACCGCGGUUUGAUUUGGUGACUGUGAUGAUUAAAGAUUGGAGUUCAAACCACUGAAGUCAAUGGGACAUGGUCUUAAGUGAAUAACUACCUGGGUUUCAUUGCCAUCAGUGGUUUACACUCACGGGAAACGCACAGGUUGAAACGCUUCAUUCUGUUAAACUGCAGUUUAAAUUUACUUGAAUGUUCCUGUGUUGACGCAGAUCAAAGUGAAAAUGAAUGCACUGGGUUUGCUAAAGCCUGGAUGAAUGUAGAGGAGUCCCGGCUCAGAGUCUGCAUUUCUUAUUGAUUCUCAGCCUGGAUGAAUGUAGAGGAGUCCCGGCUCGGAGUCUGCAUUUCUUAUUGAUUCUCAGCCUGGAUGAAUGUAGAGGAGUCCCGGCUCAGAGUCUGCAUUUCUUAUUGAUUCUCAGCCUGGAUGGAUGUAGAGGAGUCCCGGCUCGGGGUCUGCAUUUCUUAUUGAUUCUCAGCCUGGAUGAAUGUAGAGGAGUCCCGGCUCGGAGUCUGCAUUUCUUAUUGAUUCUCAGCCUGGAUGAAUGUAGAGGAGUCCCGGCUCGGAGUCUGCAUUUCUUAUUGAUUCUCAGCCUGGAUGAAUGUAGAGGAGUCCCGGCUCGGGGUCUGCAUUUCUUAUUGAUUCUCAGCCUGGAUGAAUGUAGAGGAGUCCCGGCUCGGGGUCUGCAUUUCUUAUUGAUUCUCAGCCUGGAUGAAUGUAGAGGAGUCCCGGCUCGGAGUCUGCAUUUCUUAUUGAUUCUCAGCCUGGAUGAAUGUAGAGGAGUCCCGGCUCAGAGUCUGCAUUUCUUAUUGAUUCUCAGCCUGGAUGGAUGUAGAGGAGUCCCGGCUCGGAGUCUGCAUUUCUUAUUGAUUCUCAGCCUGGAUGAAUGUAGAGGAGUCCCGGCUCGGAGUCUGCAUUUCUUAUUGAUUCUCAGCCUGGAUGAAUGUAGAGGAGUCCCGGCUCGGAGUCUGCAUUUCUUAUUGAUUCUCAGCCUGGAUGAAUGUAGAGGAGUCCCGGCUCGGAGUCUGCAUUUCUUAUUGAUUCUCAGCCUGGAUGAAUGUAGAGGAGUCCCGGCUCGGAGUCUGCAUUUCUUAUCGAUUCUCAGGCUGUAAAGUUCUUGUUCUUUACACUAAAAUGCAAAGGAACUAUUCCAGCCUGUAGCAAUACUGUUUAAUGUAUUUCUGGACUGUUCCUGCUGUAUAACAAUAGCAGAGUGAGUUCUUGGCGUGGGUACAGUAUGAUACAUUACUGUAGGAGGGGGUCCUGCACCACAGUAAGACAUUCUCAGGUUAUUUCCAACCCACCAGAAUGUACUGUAAUUGAAUCUAUAUUGCAGUAUGACCUCUGUGCUCUUUAUAAUAGUGUCCGUGUCUCUUCUCCUAUAGUAUUCCUUACUUGAAUGAGUGGCUGUUCUGCUACAGUAUUCCUUGCUUGCAAAUCCACAGUGUCUCAGAUAUAGCACCAACUUUGUAUUUUGUUACAGAGAAACUACCAAAAAAGAAAUUGCUAACUACAGCUGCAGUGGGAUCCAUAUAUAAUGUACAUUCGAAUGCAUGUGAAGUGAAAAUGUUUUAAAAUGCCAGUAUAUGUUGUGAGUUAUGCAUUUUUCUCUUUUUAUUUUUGUUAUUUUAUAUAAUUCUAUGUAUAAGCGCACACAAUAUGACUUGUAUGAAAUAAAAAAAUUAUUUCUCAGGUUUAAAACUGA